CUACCAACAGGGCCGCUUAUGUCAGCUGGGUAGUGAAUUUUGUGAACUAGAAGUUUUUGCUAAGGUGCUACGAGCUUUAGAUAAAAGACAUCUGCUUCAUCAUUGUUUUCAAGCUUUGAUGGACCAUGGAGUUAAAGUUGCUUCUGUCCUGGCUUAUUCUUUCAGUAGACGAUGCUCAUACAUAGCAGAAUCUGAUUCUGCUGUAAAAGAAAAAGCAAUCCAGAUUGGCUUUGUUUUAGGGGGCUUCCUAUCAGAUGCAGGAUGGUAUAGUGAUGCUGAGAAGGUAUUUCUUUCCUGCCUUCAGUUAUGCACCCUUCACGAUGAAAUUCUCCACUGGUUCCGCGCAGUAGAGUGCUGUGUGAGGUUGCUACAUGUUCGAAACGGUAACUGUAAAUAUCACUUGGGAGAAGAAACGUUCAAACUAGCUCAGUCUUACAUGGACAAACUUGCAAAACACGGUCAGCAAGCAAACAAAGCAGCACUCUACGCGGAGCUGUGCGCACUGCUUUUUGCCAAAAGUCACUAUGAUGAGGCUUAUAAAUGGUGUAUAGAAGCUAUGAAGGAGAUCACAGUUGGUCUGCCCGUAAAAGUAGUAGUGGAUGUUUUACGGCAAGCUUCAAAGGCUUGCGUUGUAAAACGUGAAUUUAAAAAGGCUGAACAGCUGAUAAAACACGCAGUAUAUCUUGCCCGGGAGCAUUUUGGAGCCAAGCACCCCAAAUAUUCUGACACACUACUAGACUAUGGAUUUUACUUGCUCAAUGUAGACAAUAUAUGCCAAUCUGUUGCGAUCUACCAGACAGCUCUUGAUAUCCGGCAGUCAGUAUUUGGAGGUAAAAACAUACAUGUAGCCACAGCUCAUGAAGACUUGGCUUACUCUUCUUAUGUUCACCAGUACAGCUCUGGAAAAUUUGACAAUGCACUAUUCCAUGCUGAACGUGCUAUUGGCAUUAUAACUCACAUUCUCCCAGAAGACCAUCUUCUCUUGGCAUCUUCCAAGAGAGUUAAAGCACUUAUCCUGGAGGAGAUUGCAAUAGACUGUCACAACAAGGAAACAGAGCAGAGAUUACUUCAAGAAGCUCAUGACUUGCAUCUGUCCUCACUCCAGUUAGCUAAGAAAGCUUUUGGGGAAUUUAAUGUACAAACAGCAAAACACUAUGGCAACCUUGGAAGACUGUAUCAGUCCAUGAGAAAGUUUAAGGAAGCAGAAGAAAUGCACAUCAAAGCAAUUCAGAUUAAGGAGCAGCUUCUGGGUCAAGAAGAUUAUGAAGUUGCCCUGUCAGUGGGACAUCUAGCUUCUCUAUAUAACUACGAUAUGAAUCAAUAUGAAAAUGCUGAGAAGCUUUAUUUGAGAUCCAUAGCAAUUGGAAAGAAGCUUUUUGGUGAAGGAUACAGUGGACUUGAAUAUGAUUACAGAGGUCUCAUUAAACUGUACAAUUCCAUUGGCAAUUAUGAGAAGGUUUUUGAGUAUCACAAUAUUUUGGCCAAUUGGAACCGGUUGCGGGAUCGGCAGUUCUCAGUUACAGAUGCUCUGGAGGACGUAAGCACCAGCCCUCAAUCCACUGAAGAAGUGGUCCAGUCUUUUCUCAUGUCUCAGAACGUUGAUGGACAGAGUAGCUAAGGAACUUGGGCAAUUAACCAGUUAAGGGUUUUUGUU